AUGAGGGAGUAUUUUUGCAAGGACUCGAAAGAUAAUUCUUCAUUGAUUGAUGAUAAUAGUGAUUGGCAGUUGAAGUAUCGGUCUAUUUUUACAUAUGCUCCGUAUAAUGAUCUCGACCGAAUGGGUUAUGUCGCGCCAAAGCGCUAUCCUACGCAGAUAGGCCCUCGCUACAACCGGUACUUAUAUUCACUGGCUGGAAGAGAAAUAACGAAGAUUGAACCACCUACCAUUCACACAGAGAUAGUAGAAAUAAUUUUUGUUGCGUUAUCAAUUUUAUUAUUUUUAAUGACUCUUCCUCUGUCCCUAAUUUUCUCUAUCAAGUUCGUUGGAGAUUUUGAGCGUCUUGUUGUGCUUCGGCUUGGUCGAGCACAAAAAGCGCGAGGACCGGGUGCAACAGUUAUACUGCCCUGUAUAGAUACUUGUACAAAAGUAGAUCUGCGGGUAAAUGCAUUUAAUGUACCGCCGAUGCAAGUAAUAACUAUUGAUCGGGGUUUAGUCGAACUUGGAGCUACCGUUUUGUUACAAGUAAAAGAUGCUCUGGCAUCCGUAUGCGCUAUACAAGAACAUAAUCAAUCUAUCCGUAUUUCAUCCAUUGCUACGUUGCGUCGUCUAGUAUGUAAACGACAUGUCAGUGAUAUCACAUCGAGUAUGGGCCGAAAACAAUUGUGCGAGAACCUGCAGCUUGAACUUGGUGUACUUACUGUUGCGUGGGGUAUUGAAAUUAUCAAAGUAGAACUGUCGGAAGUAAAAGUAAUUAAAGAAGGCGAGAAUAUGGCUCUAAGCAUUUUCAGUAAGGUACUGAAGUCCGAAGUAGGCUCUCAAAUUAUGGAAACAUUAACAGGGGCUGCCCAGGAUUUUGUGACAUUGUCAAAUGUGGAAAAGCAGGAACGAGAUCAAUAUUUAAAGCAGCAGACAGAUCGAUGCCAAGAAACAGCAAAGCAUCUGAAAAUUGAUCUGUCAGGCUUAUCUGAGAAAGAUUCACACGAAGAAAAGAAUUCUGGAUAUAGUUUGAAUGAUUGCUUGGAUACUCUAGAUAUUGAUAUUGACCACUUGCUUUGUUCUUUAACGAUGGUUAUUGACGAACAAUUGGUUACUUCUGUAGGGCAUAUUUUCCAAGUGUACUGCACUGAGUUUGGCGAGUUUUAUAUCGAUUUAAAGAAUGGCGCAGGGCAGUGUUGUAAUGGAGUUAAUCCAAAAGCUGACGUAACAUUCUAUUUAGAUCGUGAACUCCUAUUUAAAAUCAUUCGAGGAAAAGUGACUCCAAUUCAAGCUUAUACGAAUGGCUCUAUACGGAUCGUAGGUGCGGUGAAAGCAGCUCUUAAGCUAACAUUAUUGUCAGACCGUUUUAACUGUUUACUCUAG